GAGCUCCAUAACGCCCUCGCAAGCCCUUUUUGUUGGCUGGUCAUAUAUUGCAAAUCUACUCUGUAUUGAAUCUGACUAGGCGUACCCUUUCCUUCAAAUUAACCCGAACCAGAUCCAAUUGUCAGCGUUUGUUGCUUUCAUUCAGCUGCUGAAUGCUGCUUAGACCAUAUAACAGGCUAGCUAACCCAUCGCCAAAUCGUUGUUUAUCAAAGACGGUUCAUGGCAAGCCCCACCAGCCGAACUCCCCCCACCAGUGAAAACCCUUCUACUCAACCCCAAUCUCGGCCACGAGAUUGGCGCGGUGGAGAGGCAGGAUCUACUUUUCGCGCUUUGGGGCGGGGCAGAGGUACUCGUGGUGGUGGUCGCCCUCCAAACAGCCCAGUAAUCAGAGGUAGCAGCAAGCUUUCACACACGGAACACUCGGAGAACCACGGUCCCCUCCCAGACGUGUCAAGGCCCAAGGCUGAGCCUUCACCAGCUCGUAAGGGUCCAUCCCAGUCGGAAGCUACUAGUACAACUUCGGAAAAACCUGCUGCUAGUCCAGCUGACCGUGCCCCAAAGCCAAAAACGCCAAUUCGCCGUGCUUCUCGCGGUGUUCCAGUUGUAACCGUAGCUCCAGCUUCUCCGACUCCAGAUUCUGUACAAAACGUGCCUUCUGCAUCGGGUCGUCGUGAUGCUAACCGGCGUCGACGCACCAACACCAAUCAGCAUGGCAAGCCUCCCCUAAACGGUGCUACUAAGCCAAGUAUACCAUCGUCCACUUCACUACGUCCACAGAAGCCAAGGGUAGCAUCUACUACUUCAUCUUCUAUCGCACCACGUAAAGAUAUCCCUCCCCAUCUGGCAGCCGCACACGAGGCUGAAAUUCGUCACGAUAUUGACGCAUUGGUCGAACGUGUCAGGGCAGUUGCAAUGGCUGAAAAUAGGCCUUCGACCCCUGGAAGCCAUAUCGAUUGGGCUGGUGAAGAGGAUGACUCGUUGCCUGACCUUGAUGAUUGGGGCGUUACGACGACUCGGAUCAAUACCAGCGUAGAUGAAAGAAGGGAUGAGAUAUCACCCAUAUUGGCAGAUGCACUUAAGCCGCUGCCGGAACCUCAGACGGAAGGAGAUGAUGCUGAGGAUAAGGAAGAGGAGCAUCACAUGGAACCUUUAGACAAUGAUGUUGAUGGCGAAAUAACCAAGAACUCGUCGGAUUCCUCACCCCUAUCCAAUACACCUGAUACCUUUAUUACGGCCACCGCAGAUGCGCAUGACUCUCCCGCCGCCGCUGUUGUCGCGCCUGAAACUAUCACGCAUGCUGAUACGCCUUCGCCUCACCCGUCGCUGACUCCCAAGCCGGUCGCUGCAAGGGACAGCCCGCGUGCAAGCCCUGCACACUCCAACUUGACAUCCAAAUCAACGUUGACCGUAGGUAGUGAAGAGCCACCUGCAACCAAGGCGGAAGGCCUUUCACAGUCUAUCCACGCUCCCUCCCUUACCGAGGCAGAAGCACUAGAAAAGACUCCCAGCUCUUCUUCCAGAGACCACGGUCUCGCUGGAUCUAUCCAUGCGCCUAAAGGCCUCCCGGAAUCCCAUUCCGCUCCAUCGUUGCUGAGCUCGGGCGCCCCGUCUCCUGCGCACGCAUAUAGUCCCUCGCAUGGUCGAUCAAAGACUGAAGGCCGCCCUGCCUUUCCACAUCCACGUACGGCGGCGAUAAAUCAGCGAGCCAUUCGUUCUGGUACAUCUUCGCCGUUAGGCCCGCUUGUCCACGCGCAUGCGCGGGAACCACUCGACACCUCCUGGAGGGGCGGGGCAACGUGCCCCACAUAGUGUUCGACCGGUCAUCACUGGAGAUGCAUUGUCUCGGCUGGCAAGAACAAUUGGCGGUAUACCAAGCAUUCCCCGUGCCCAAGGUGUCGCCGUCGCAAAAGACUGAAUGCUUCCACUAUUUCCACCCAUUAUAUUACGAAUGCCCCAUCUCUUGCCCUGUUCUAUAUAUAUAUGCUCAUCACUCUCCGGUUUCCUGGUUGCACGUCGACUUUCGU